UUGAGGUUCAGCACAUGGUUCAUAAGUUUUAAAUACACGAGCUGACAAAAUUAAAAUUUUAAAUAUUUAAUUUUUUGCAUAAUUUAAAAAAUAUUUAUUAUUAAAAAUUUAAAAUGCCGAAAUCAAAAAGGGAUAAGAAAAUUUCUCUUACGAAAACAAGUAAAAAAGGUAAAGCAUUAAAAGAACAUAUUAUAAAUGAUGUAAGAAAUUGCGUUGAAAAAUAUGACCGUAUAUUUGUAUUUGCUGUACAUAAUAUGCGUAACAAUAAGUUGAAAGAUUUGAGAGAAGAAUGGGUAGACAGUAGAUUUUUCUUUGGUAAAAAUAAAAUAAUUGCUGUGGGUAUGGGUAAAACACCAGAGGAAGAAAUUGCUGAUGGUAUCCAUAAACUAGCUAAUGGUUUACAUGGACAAUGUGGUUUAUUGUUUACAAAUAAAUCCAAAAGCAAGGUCAUAAGUUGGAUGAAUAGUUAUCAAGAAGUUGAGUAUGCUAGAGCAGGAUUUAUUGUUCCUGAUACAAUAGUAAUACAUGAAGGACCUUUACCUGAUUUUUCACAUGCCAUUGAGCCUCAUCUAAGACAACUUGGUAUGCCAACGGCAUUGAAAAAAGGAGUUGUUACAUUGAUAAAAGAUUACGAAGUUUGUAAAAAAGGACAACCGCUUACUCCAGAACAAGCAAAAAUAUUAAAACUUUUUGGUAUGCAAUUGGCAACAUUUAAAUUAGUUCCACUUGGAUUCUAUUCAAAAAAGAAAGGAUAUCAACAAUUAAAAACUAACGAUGAUAAUAACGGUAAUGUGGAAGAAGAUAUGGAAACAGAAACUGCUAAUGAAACGUAAAAAUAAUUUAUGUUAUUGUUAAUUUUAAAUAAAAAGUAAACAUUUUUUUAUUGUAUAUAA